GCUGUGGGGUUAGUUUCCGCAUAAGCAAAGCGACAGUACAAUCAGUCAGUCAGUUUAUAGAAACUGUCCGGUUUUAUUAAAACCUGUUUUUACUCUUCUGAUCGUCAAGACGACACAAAGACUGGAGACUGGAGACAGCUCGGACUGUUUGGACACUUUACAGAACUUUAUACUGGAAGAAACUUUUCUGCAUCAGGGCCGUUCAGCACGGAGCGCCAUCUUUAGGGAGUCCAGCAUGCUGCAGCCAAAGAUCCAGCCCAGUGAUGGACUGUCCUUCAGGACCUGCAGUGUUUUCAUCUUCAUGGUUCUUCAGUCUGUUGGAGAGCAAGCAGAGUUAAUUUGUUCACAUCAACCAAUCGUGGCCCUGGCUGGUGAUGAUGUCAUUCUACCAUGUCACCUUGAACCUCCCACUGAUGUCAGUUCAAAGACUGUGAUAUGGACCAGACCUGAUGUAGACACAAAGUACAUCCAUCAUCACAAAGAUGGACGACUUGUGUCCUGGAGUCAAAAUCCAUCUUUUAAGAAUCGCACCGCUCUGUUUGUGGAUGAACUGAAGAACGGAAACGUCUCCAUGAAAAUCUUCAGAGUGAAACUUUCUGAUGCAGGAAAAUAUUUUUGUAUCUUGGAUUCAAUGCAGAUGGAAGCGUCCAUCCAACUCAGUGUUGGUGUCGUCUCCACGCCCGUCAUAGAGUUUGUCUCCAAUCAGAGCAGAGAGGUGGUUUUACAGUGUGAGGCUAAAGGCUGGUAUCCAGAGCCUGAGGUGUUCUGGCUGGACUCUGAGGGAAACCUCCUCUCUGCUGGACCUACAGAGACAGUCAGAGGUCCUGAUGACCUCUAUACUGUCAGCAGAAGAUUGACUGUGAGGAAGAGCCACCACUUCAUCUGUAGAGUCCAACAGAAGAACAUCACCCAGACCAGAGAGACACACUUCUAUGUUCCAGAUCAUUUCUUCCCAGUUCAGUCUUUGAAUCAGACUUGGAUCAUCAUCAUCAUCAUCAUCUUCACUCUUGUUUUGCUGCUGGUCAUUGUUCUCACAGUGAUAUAUUUCAGGACCAAGAGGAAACUGAGAACUUUAAGAAUGUUAACAGUGCCCGAACAAGCUGAGCAACUGGACAUGAAGUAUGAAGUUGAACAUAUUGAUCAUCAAUAAUCAGAAUCAGGUUACAGUUGAUUCACCAUGACGGUGUCAAAGUAUUCCGUGGUUCUCUGUUUGCUUGUUAUUAUUCUUGUUUGCACUCAGGUGUUAGCUCUGCCAUCAAAGUACUGCAGAUGUAUUUUUCCUGGAUGAAUAACGUUACUUUAAUAGUGCCUCCAGAGGAUAUUAGUGUAAAUAAGAUGUUUUCAAUCAUUCAAAGUCGGCUAUAUAUUUUUUUUACUUCUGUUUUUUUAAGUUUUUAAAGUGUAAAAACAGAUAAAUUGGCUACAGUGAUAUGAUGGAUCAACAGAUUAUAUAACAAAGUUCAUGAUUGAAGUUAAACAGCAGGGGGCGUCCAGCAGUCACAGAAAAAAACUUUAACUGAGUACUCUGAGUACUCUUUAACGGAGUGCUCUUCAGCACACCUGACCGUUCAUUGGAUUCAAGUAAUCACUUAUUGAGGACACAGACGACGGCUCUGAGAUGUUUCAUGUUACUGUCUUUACCAUUUGUAAAUGUUGAGCUCCUCAGAUGUUCACGUUAUUUUCUUAUAUUAAAUAAUAUUGGAAAGGCUAAUAUUAUUUAAUAACACUGUUGCAUAACUUGCUUUUGGGUUUGUUUUCAUGUUUUGUUUUUAUAAAGUCAUAGCUCAAUGCUGAACACCAUGUGUGUUUAAAACCUAUGAAAUAACACGAGAGUUGAAUAUUACUCUUAUGAAUUGAUUUAUUUUGUUAUUAUUCACCUUGUGUUCUGUGAGCUGCUGUAACGAAUGAUGAAUAAAGUCGAUCUGUCUAUUUUU